CCAAACGAUGAUAACUUUGGAGGGCCUUAUAAAUACGGCUGCUCAACCAUCCACUAUCACAUUGGUGUUUGUGUCUUUUGUACCUUAGCAUCCACCAGGAGAGCAAGAAGCGUUUCGAAGCGUUCGAAGUGACAUUAGAAGUGACCAAAAUGUCAAGUGACCUGGUUAGAUUAACAAGCUUCCUGCUUCUCUGUCUUCUUGCAGCUUCCAUAGCUGCAAAACCGUCGCAUUUCCCAGAUAACCAGGUGACUCCAGAUGGCGAUAGGAGCGACAUGAUAGACCCUGGACUGCUAAACGCAUGGAGAAGAUACGAUCUUAUGAUGAGAAGACUGACUGCAGACUAUGAUAACGCUAACAUGGCCAACGAAAAUCCUCUGGAACGUAUGUUCAGAAACCCAGAGAUGAAGAGGCAAGGAAGAAGCUAUCGUCAAUGCUACUUCAACCCAAUCAGCUGUUUCAAGAAAUAAACAUACCUACUUAUAUCAAACAUCAAUUAAAACCACAGCGACCGAUAUCAUAUCCAUGAACGAAUGUUAAAAAAAAAAAGUUUGCGCACCCUCUAUAUCAUAUAUGAACGUGUUACUUUCCUUACUUUUCAUUUCGAAGAUGUCAAAAAUAUAUUUAUGUAUUUGAAAUCGGUGUGAUCAAAGAUAUUCCAUGUUAGAUUUUAAUGUUAUAGUAAAUUAAGGAAUGUUAUACUGUUAAAGGAGGGGGGAUUAAUGAAUGACGUUUGUGACAGACAUAUUAUAUCAAGAUGUACAGAGAAUAUAUAUUCCAACAAAUAA